AGGGGUGCGGCGCUCUGCGCUCCCGUGGCCGUUCGCGUCGCGCGGUUGGUGUGGGCGCGUAGAGUUCCGCUGUGCAGCGCUGUGCUCCGUUCUGGCUGGCCGCCGGGCGGGAGGCAGGCCAUCAGGCAGCUGUCAGCGCCGCCGGGCGGGCUCAGCCCCUCGGUCAGGUGACGGGCCGCCGGGAGCGGCUCGGCCGAGCGGGCCGGAGCUCCUCUCGCCGCGCUUCCGCGCAAUGCUGGGCGGCUCCGUGGCGGCGAGGAUGCUGCCGCGGCCGCCGCCGCCCUGCCCCCGCUGAGCCACUGCGAGAGGUGCAGUAGGGCCGCCACCGGGCAGGGCGGUGGCAGCGGCAACGAGCCAGCAUGGCCCCCACUCUUCUCCAGAAGCUCUUCAACAAAAGAGGUGGCAGCGCAGCGGCCCCCCAUGGCCGCGCUCCGGGGGAGGGGCCCGCCUUCAGCUGGUCCUCUUCAGAGUUUGACUUGAAUGAAAUCCGCCUGAUAGUUUACCAGGACUGUGAGAGGAGGGGCAGACAGGUCUUGUUUGAUUCCAAAGCAGUCCGCAAAAUUGAUGAAGCUAUGGUUCAGAAAAUGGUGGAGGAUGCUUCUGUAAAGACUUCUGCCAAGAACUUCCAAGUAAGCAAUGGGAACAGCAGUAUUUCUUCCCACGGUCCUUCAAUAAGUUGUAUGCAAAAUAUCAAAGAACAGAUACCGAAGUAUCAGUACACCAGACCAGCCUCUGAUGUCAACAUGCUGGGAGAAAUGAUGUUUGGCUCAGUGGCAAUGAGUUACAAAGGCUCCACCUUAAAAAUUCACUAUAUACGGUCUCCCCCACAGCUGAUGAUAAGUAAAGUCUUCUCAGCUAGGGUAGGAAGCUUCAGUGGAAGCAACAAUAACUUGCAAGAUAGCUUUGAGUACAUCAACCAAGAUCCCAGCCUGGGAAGGUUGAGCUCGAAUCAGAAUGGUUUGGGAACCUGUCGCAGUGGAAGUAAUUUAGGUGUGUUACAGCUGUGUAGCAGCAAGCUGCUGCAGGGUGUGUCUGAAGGAGGUCCCCUCCGGCUCAUCCGCAGUGCUUCUUUCUUUGCAGCACACAGCACACCUGUUGAUAUGCCUAGCAGAGGACAAAAUGAAGACAGAGACAGUGGCAUUGCUCGGUCAGCAUCUCUAAGCAGUCUUCUGGUCACUCCUUUUCCGUCUCCAAGCUCUUCAUCAUCAUCAUCUAGCAGCUACCAACGUCGCUGGCUUCGAAGUCAGACAACAAGUUUAGAGAAUGGAAUUAUUCCACGGUGGUCCACUGAAGAAAUGUUUAGUAUGGCUGAUGAAAGCUGCAGCUCCAAUCCUGCAAUAGUUCGAAGAAAAAAGAUUGCAAUAAGCAUAAUCUUUUCUCUGCCUGAAAAAGAAGAAGCACAGAGAAACUUCCAGGAUUUUUUUUUCUCUCACUUCCCUCUUUUUGAAUCUCACAUGAACAAGCUGAAGUAUGCAAUAGAAAAGGCCAUGAUCUCAUGUAGAAAAAUAGCAGAGUCCAGCCAAAGGGUGCAGGUUUAUAUCAGCCGUGUUAUGGAUGCCCUGGGAGAAUUCAGAGUUACCAUCUGGAACCUAUAUUCUGUUCCAAGGAUUGCAGAGCCUGUGUGGCUUAAUAUGAUGUCCAGCACCCUGGAAAAGAAUCAGCUAUGCCAGCGGUUCCUUAAAGAAUUUACAUUUCUAAUAGAACAGAUCAACAAAAACCAGUUCUUUGCCGCUUUGUUAACUGCGGUGCUGACGUAUCACCUGGCUUGGGUUCCAACAGUAAUGCCUAUUGACCAUCCUCCCAUAAAGGCCUUCUCUGAGAAACGCACAUCGCAGUCUGUCAACAUGCUGGCCAAGUCUCAUCCGUAUAACCCUCUCUGGGCACAGCUUGGUGAUCUGUAUGGUGCCAUAGGCUCUCCAGUUAGACUGACUCGAACUGUUAUUGUUGGAAAACGCAAGGAGUUGGUGCAGCGCUUACUCUACGUCCUAACUUACUUCAUUCGAUGCUCUGAGCUACAGGAAAAUCAUCUGACGUGGAGUGAAAGAAACGGGGAAGGAGAGCAAGUCCUAAAUGGAAGCAAGAUCACAACUGCAUUAGAAAAGGGAGAGGUAGAGGAGUCUGAUUAUGUGGUUGUCACUGUUAAAAAUGAACCUGCUCUUGUGCCUCCAAUCCUACCUCCAAAGAAUGAUGGAAGUAAGAAUAAUAGUGUUGCAGAGUGCAUACAUGAUCAAGACAGCACUCAUGCUAUCCCAGCCUCUUCAAAAGAAAAAAGAGAAGCAGUAGGAAAGACCAGUCAGAACUCAUCUGUCAACUGUCUAGCUAGCAGUUUUUGUAAAGGAGCAACUAAUAGUAGGAGAACUGCCACUGAUACAGGAGUUGUAUCUUACCACUUUGAAGAGCAAUCCAGUUUGGACGAUUUAAUGGAUAUAAAGAACAACAAGAACCAGAAUGAGAAAAAAGUGGAAAAGCAGUUGUCUAAUAGGUCAUCUGCCUUACCUUGUCCUGAAAGGUCUGGCCACAGGCGUUCACAUUUAGAAAAGGUCACCUUUCAGAUUGGAAGUUCUGCAUCACCAGAGUCAGACUUAGAAACUCAUAGAAGGGAGAUGGAAGAAACUAUGAAGGCAUUCAGAAAUAAUCCAGAGGUAGUACAUUGUGCCUCAAGUUCCACAAAUUCAACUGUGGAAGCUUCCCAGAAUGAAAAAGCAAAUUAUGAAGCUGCCUUUAUACCUGUCAGUAAACAUAAUGUUUGUCAUGCAGAAAUCCCACCCUGCGAGGAGAAGGAGUGUGUACGUAACCAACCAAUGGAAAGUAAAGGAACUGAAGUGAAUUUAGCAAACACACUACCUAGUGAACCACUUUUGCUUACAGAUAACACAGAAACUGUGAAGUUGCUAAGUCUGAAAGAAACUAGAACUUUAUGCUCUGGCAAUCUGGAAAGCUAUUCCCCUGUGUGUGUAGAAGUUGGUUCUGCUGUCAAACAGGAUUCCCCUAAAAUAGGUGCUAAAGAUAUCCCCUAUGGGGAUGAUGGAAGGAAAAUCUCCUUCAGAGUUGAAGGGGACAUUCCAAGGAAUGAGAGUUCAGACAGUGCUCUUGGAGCCAGUGAUGAAGAAGGUGAUUGUUGUAUCUCUGAUGAAAUGCGUCGUGAUAAUGUCAGCAAAAGACUUGAGGAGUUUGCAGAAGUGGAACUUCCUUUACCAAGGUCAAACAUCAUCAGCAGUCAAUGUGUGAAAAAUUUUGGAAGAUCACUUCUAGGUGGUUAUUGUCCUACAUAUAUACCUGAUCUAGUGCUGCAUGGGAUAAAUAAUGAUGAAAAACUCAAGCAGUGUCUACUGGGAGACCUACUUCAUGCAAUUCAUCAUCCAGUGCUAGAUGAGCCCAUAGCAGAAGCUGUCUGCAUUAUUGCAGACACAGAUAAAUGGAACGUACAAGUAGCUACAAGCCAGAGAAAGAUGAUGGAUAAUAUGAAGUUAGGCAAGGAUGUUUUGGUUUCGAGUCAAGUAUCCAGUUUAUUGCAGUCAAUUUUACAGCUCUACAAACUCAACGUUCCAGCUGAUUUUUGCAUAAUGCAUCUUGAGGAUAGACUACAAGAGAUGUAUCUGAAAAGUAAAAUGCUUUCAGAAUAUCUUCGAGGCCAUACAAGAGUGCAUGUAAAAGAACUAGGAAUUGUGCUGGGGAUUGAAUCCAAUGACUUGCCUUUGUUGGCUGCUAUAGCAAGUACUCAUUCCCCAUAUGUUGCUCAAAUACUCUUAUAAAUUAAAAUCUCAGGAUAGUCAUUCCCUUAAAGUAAAAUCAAGAAAAUGGGAAUGUUGAAUGAAGAACAGAGGUGCCAAACACUGGUAAAGGGGAGACUGAGGAGAGCAGGUGAUGACUGUACCUUCUACCACCUCCGAUUCUGAUUUCAACCGAAUGUUGAGGACUUCAGUUUACAUAACGUAAAAAGCAUUCAGGUUUUUCUUACAAUCUCACUUAUGACGUAAAUCAAGAAAACGACAGCAUUCUUUUUAUUCAAAGGACAAAAGUUAACACUAUAUGGCAGACCAGGAGCUGCCAUCCAAAACGCUGCUCAAAACCAUGAAGUAAUAGUUAAAAGAACAAGCGGGUUAGAAUGGAUUGUGUAAGACUAUGCUUGUGUGUAGUGUAUGCUUGUUGUGUUUCUUUUUAUCCUUCUGGGGAGGAAGAGGAGCUGUAAACUAUGUAUAUAGCAUUCCUGUACACAAGUGGAUAAAGAUCUUCCUGCAGAGCAUGUGCAUGAUUUUGUAUAGUAGAGUAAUGGGCUCAGAACAAGAAAUGUGGUUUCAGCAGCCAAAUGUUAUGUGUGAUGGAGGUGUAUGUGAUGUUAUGUGACUUUUCCCUUUAAGGACCAGAGACUAUGAAAGCUGUGGCUGCUCCUGAUUUAAUGAGGAGGCAUUCAAAUGAGCCCAUGGCUGGAAGUGGACUUCUGAGGGAUUUUGUGGGAAAGCCUUAUGGAAUUUCUGCUACAAGUUUACAUUUGUUGCUGAUGCAACGUCAGUGACUCUUGAGUUUCUGUAUGACUGUAGUCCCAGGAUCUAAACUUGUGUCUUGGUGUCAUCAGGUAUUCUCUCUGAGGAGUAUGAAUUUAACCAACUUUUGUGUGAUACUGGUGCUGGCUGCUCACCAAGCAGUUGGCGCAAACUGAAGACAAUCCUAUUGGGGAAAUAAAAGACAAUAAGCAACCCCUCACCAAUCUUUAGUCAAAAGUAUUAGUUCUGUCCAGCUACUAGUUAUCAUUCUGAAGCAAAAAAAAAAAAAACCUAACAUUGUUUGAAGUAAAAUGAAAGGUAGGGAGACAAACCCCAAUAUUUGAUAUCACUAUGAAUGUUUGCAGUGACCCUUUCUGGUUCUGUAGAAAUCUUGAACUGUCAUCUGGGUGCCUUUCCUUAAUAGAUUAACUGUUCUGAGACCAGAAACUACUUCUCCACUACUUGAUACUGGCCUUUGUUUCUAGAAAACAAAAUAAAAUUUUGUAUUUUACUGUUUUCACAUGAAUGUAAAAAAAAAAAAAAAAAAGACAAAAAAAACCCCAAACCAGCCCACAACUUUUUUUGCAUAAAGCACGUUAAGCUGGAUAUGAAACUCUGGACCAGAAUGAGGAGAGAACAAAGCAUCAAACUAAACUUCUUAAAGAAAAUGAAAACUCAAUGUUGGAUCUUUCUGUUGUGAGUCAGCAUGAAUGAGGUGUCUAAAACUGUCAGCAUGCAAGCAAUUAGCUAACUGCAUAACUGUUUGAGAGCAGUGAAUUCUGAUAAACUGUUCGGCACCAGUUGUGAGUUCUCCUUGUUGGUGAUUGCAGAUUUUUUUAACACUGAAGGGACAUGCUUUUAUUAAGUGGUUUUGUUUCCUACUACCUUGAUGUUUGAACUUUUAUACAGUAAACUUCCAAUAAUUUGAAGUAAUGAAAUGUGCAUAUUGUAAAUCAUUUAAAUGUGAUGGGAUUCUUAACUAAGCUGUUGCUUUUUGAGGGAAACAGGCAGACAAGCCUGCUGUGAGGUGAAGUUGUUUCUAAAUAGAAGGAUGCUUAGUAUUCUAUUUUGAGCUGUUCCUUCUAUACUAGGUUUCAAACCUGACAUUCCAGAUGUUUCUUUUAUAACAUUUUCAUACUUGUUCCUAGUAUUCUACCUAAAAAACACUAAAAUCCUUUCUAUGGUUCAGUUUUUCUCCUACCACUUGUAGUUAAGCAAACUUUUCUUAUCUUUGGUUUGUGAGUCCUAUCUGAUGGAACAUAAACUUACCUCUGCAUAUAGCUGUCAGGAGAUACCACUCUAUUCCACAAGAUUGAGACCAAGUAAGAACCAUAGAGCACGUCACGUGUUCUGUGAUGGAGAACAUGUGCAUGCAUAUGUAAGACUAUGAACUGCUUCCCUAGUUGUAUGUAGAAAUCCUUAUGUACCUUCUUUAUUCCGUGUCACUCUUUAAUAGCAGCUGAGUUCAUUGAAAGUCAAUUCCAUUUUUUUUAAAGCAUGAGUUGUGUUUUUAUCUGAACAGGCUGACAAUUCUUUGAAGAGAUACGUGCUCAUGUAAGAACUACGCUUUUGUUUUCAUAGCAUACAAAGAAAGUCAAAGGCUAGCCAGUGUUCACUGGUGUCAAGACUAAUACCACAAUCAGUAAUAUCUGAUUUUGCUACAUGAACUAUUUAAGAAAAAAUAAAAUCCUUCUUUUGGCAAGACAUCAAAUGAACCUCGGGGUGUCAUGUGAGCCAGUGGUCAAAAGCACUUGGAUUUUCUUCAGCCAAGGCUAAAACUUUAUAGUUCUUGCUGCUUUCUCUGACUUUUUGCUGCUCUUCAGAAAUUUCAUGAUGAACUAUCUUUGUUCUCAGUUUUAGUUUUGAGGGAAGAAAAAUCCAAAAAAAAAAAGGCUUUAGACUAAAAGAAGCUAAAUACAUAUUUUCCCCUCUACCAAAUGUACUACCUCAGUUGACAGGAUUCCACCUUCUAGGACUUUUUUUUAUCUAUAAGUCUUUAACUUGGUUUUGGUAGCAUCUUGCUAUUUGUGUAAAUUAGUGUGGCAUGACAGGGCAGUAAGUAUUUACAAGUGUGUUGUUAGCCAUCUUUAGAGCAUGUUUCUGUUUUUAUUUUAGUAGGAUGAAAAGUGAUAUGAAUGUACAGAUGUUUUGAAAUUGAUAACAUAGCUUAAUUUUCAACUGUUCCAAAGUUGUUUUUAUCAGUAUUAUGUAGGCUUUUGUAAACUUAAAUUACAUACUUUCUCAGUUAAGUGGGAGUGCACAGUCUUUCCAAAAUCCCACAUAAAUGUAGUUUACACAGUGCAGUUUAAAGAAUGUAUGCUAUUUUUCAGGCACAACUAAAUCAUCAUCCACAGAUGGGAGGAAUGAACUACUAAAUUGUGGUAUUCAAUCUAAAUGAAUUACUUAACCCCACAAGAUACCAAGAGCUAAACAUUUUAGAUAUGUAUUCUCUGAACUAACCUACACAACUUUCUUCUACCCAGAAGAAAUUACUAGAGUCUGAUUUUUCAGUUGACAUUUGUAAUGACAUCCUCCAGAAUUAUAGGUUGGUGUCAUCCACUCCUUAUUAUAUACAUCUUUAUUUUUAAAAGUAAAAAACCCUUUUCAUAUACACCAAGCUCUUGCGUAUAAGAUUUAUACAAAACAAUCAGUUAUCUCCAAUGUGUAACUUCUUUAGUUAAAAGAAGCCAAUGCAAAAUCAAGUCUGAACUGCUGAAUAUACUUUAUACUUCUUUUUUGAGGUCAAGUGGGAUAGUUUAACACACGUAGCAGGUUUUCCAUAUAGAAAAAAGUGUGUGUUGCUAUUGCAUGUUUGGAGAGCAUAGGCUUUUUUAGGAAUGACUGACUACCAAUGUCAAACUACAUGGUUUUAUUUGUUUGGUUUUUUUUCUCACAGUUGUUUAUGUAUGCUUUCAGUUUGGUCUAUUUCUUUGCGACAUUUGGUGCAAUAAACUUUCUGAAAUGAA